GGGAAGCAUAGGAAGAGGAAAAAGAGGAUGAUGAUGAUGAUUUCUUUGGAGGUGGGCUGGACCUGACAGGCGCUAGUGACGUGUGUGUAAACUGAGUAGCACGGAGCCGAGUCCGGAGCGCGGAACCGAGUCCGGAGCGCCUGGUCGUGGUGUUUGCGGAGGAUAUUUGGCGGCGGAACUGACGCGCUGCGUGUGACGUGGCUGCUGCGUCUCCCUGAGCAGGUGUGGUUAACAUGUAUGGGGCUAGCUGGUGAAGACUCAGACCGGCGGCCAGAGCCACAGACCGAGUCGUGAGCUUGUUUACUGAAACUUGGCGCAGUGAAGCGCGUCGGUCCUCCGCGGGACACGUGGUGAGCUGCUCACAGGGAGGUGACGCGGUUCACCUGGACAGACAGACAGACAGACGGACAGACACGCCUCGUCAGCCGGCCUCUUCGGUCUCAGCUGCCUGCAGCAGUGAUCAUGGUGGGGACGGCCUGUACUGUUCAACGAGCUUCACCCUCGUUGACUCUCCUUUUCUUCUCGCUGCUGCAUUGCUGUCACCCAGCCACCUGCCUUAAGCAAAAGAUGCAGUCUGAGUCUGCCCUAAUUGUGGUGGAGGAUUCAGGUGGAGGAGGAGCCGAAGGCAGCGUGGAGGACAGGGUGGCUGAAGAUGAUGAGGAAGAUCUAGAGGUGGUCAAACCUACUGAUCAGUGGCAGACUCUCAAGCCGGGCCAAGCAGUUCCAGCUGGCUCUCAUGUGAGGCUGAAUCUCCAGACAGGACAGAGAGAGGUCAGACUGGGAGAGAGCAAGAAGAAAUACUCAACUCAAAAACACAGCGUGGAGAAAUGGACGAGCCAGCAGUUCAACUCUGAUGAGCUCAAACAGGCUUUAAAAAACAUAAAGGAAGACCACACUUCACCGACGAAAGAUGAGGAUCAGGAGGACCAGGACUGGUCUUCUGGCAACAAACAGCUACGGUCUGAAGAUCUCAGAAGAACCAUGGCCCAGCUGGAUCUGCAGGUUGAAACUGAUGUUCAGGUCAUGACCCGUCUUCUGGCCCAGUACAAUAGCAAAAACAGUACCAUGGAACAGAGACUUCAGAUACUUCUGGAACUGGAGUAUCUAGUACAUCAGGUGGAUAAUGCUCAGAUUCUGAAUUCCAUGGGUGGUCUUCAGAUCAUUCUUCAAGGUCUUAACAGCUCAGACUUAAGAUUACAGGAAAGAUCUGCCUUCCUCCUUGGGUCUGCGCUGGCUAGAAACCCAGCGGUUCAGGUGGAGGCAGUUAAGAAUGGGCAUCUCCAGAAGUUGUUGGCAUUACUGGCCACUCCAAGACCCGUCGGUGUGAAAAAAAAGGUUCUGUUUGCAAUGUCGUCCCUGUUGCACCACUUCCAGUAUGCCCAGUGCUACUUCCUGUCACAUGGUGGACUGAACAUCCUGCUACAACUCUUCAGAGCAGAUGGCAGCGGGGCUCUCCAGCUCCGCAUCAUCACCCUGCUCUAUGACAUGAUCACAGAGAAGAGCUUAACUUCCCAGGCAAAUUCAGACCCAGCAUUUACCUUUUCCAGUAUGGAUCAUUUGUGUGAUUACUCCAUGGAGUCUCUCUCCCAGGAGCUCCUGGAGGAGGGAUGGUGCAGUCUGGUCCCAGAUUUACUGCAGUCUACUGAGCAUGAUUGGAGAGAGAAGGGUCUGCAGACUCUGUUGGCCAUGGUCCCAGUGUGUUUGGACCAGUACCGCCUGGACACGUCUCUGUCUCUGUCUCUGGGCUCUCUGAGAAGCCAAUACCAUGAGCUGGUUCGUAAAGACCUGAUGCUGGGAGAAGAGGACAGCUACUUCAAAGAGAUUCUAGACCUUCUAGACACACUGGAGCUCACAAUGGGGUCUUCGUAGAUGGGUUAUACAGGAUGCAGGACACUCUUGCUCUGAGGAGACUUGUCUUUGGCCCUCUGUCAUGCUGAAAUGUAUAGGAGCAGUUUGGGACAGAAGGGUAACUUACUCUGCAAGGGUUCUUAAAUACUUGCUGAAAUGAAUGACACCUGGCUCAUGACACCUGGAACAUGAUACCUGGAACAUGAUACCUAGAUCAUGAUUUCUGACACUUGGAUCAUGACACCUGGAACAUGAUACCUGGAUCAUGACACCUGGAACAUGGUACCUGGAACAUGAUACCUUAGGCCAUGAUACCUGACACCUGGAACAUGAUACUUGGAAGAUGAUACCUGACACCUGGAACAUGACAUCUGACACCUGGAUCAUGAUAUUUACCAGUAUGGCCAUGAGGGGGGCCUCGGUAUGACCAAGAAAAGAACGGCAACCCAAGACUAAAACCCACUGGAUGCAAGUUAAUCUGCUUAAGAAGGUUGUGAAGCCUCAACAGCACUGACAUGUCAUCCCUGUGGUGGCUGAUUUAACCAGCUCAGUUCUUUCACAUGGAUAUAAAAAUGGUUUCAUGGCCUACUCAUCAGUCUUCUCAUUACAUGUGAGGUCUACCUAGCUCAGUAGCUGGGUAGUAACUAGAAUGUAUUUAAUACUUUGUCCAUGUAGCUCCACAAUAGUACAUUAUGUAAAUUGUCUUCUUGCCUUAGAAGAACUCGAGUGAUCUCCACAGUUCCAGAUACCUCUCAAAAUCCCUUUGCCCUUCCUUAAGUUAUUGCUUCCAAAUCAAACUAAAUUCAGACAUCAUGUGGCAAGCUGGUUCGGCAUCCCACUGGCACAUCUGAAACAUCCAUCCAUCCAUCAUCCAAACCACUUAUCCUGCUCUCAGGGUUGCGGGGAUGCUGGAGCCUAUCCCAGCAGUCAUUGGGCGGCAGGCAGGGAGACACCCUGGAGAGGUCGCCAGGCUGUCACAGGGCCCACACACACACACAUACCUAGGGACAAUUUAGUAUGGCCGAUUCACCUGACCUACAUGUCUUACAUGACCUACAUGCCUUACAUGACCUACAUCUGAAACAUUUGCAUCAAACUUUUGUUGUGUCUCUGCCUUCAGCACCAACAUAUACUGGAAACUGUUGAUGAAACACAUCAUUUGAUGAUUCUGUAGUGCACUACAAGUGGAAAUUUAGACUUUACCAAGUGGUACAAUGUGAAAUUUUGCUGCCAAGUACUGGCACCUCAGUUUCACCACUGCAGUUGCGCAAAUACGUUUUCUGCAGCAAAACAAAAAACAAUGGCAUAAAACUAGUUUCCAUGUUCAUAUUUGCUGCAUAAAUUUAAUACAGUGGUGCUUGAAAGUUUGUGAACCCUUUAGAAUUGCAGGACUUGUGUGAACAUCGGAUGACGUUUUAGGUCAUAUUUUCUGCAGAAAUAUAGAAAAUUCUAAAGGGUUCACAAACUUUCAAGCACCACUGUAACUGCAUGCUGUUAGCUCAGUUACCCUUCCAGUUUUCAAGGCGUGUCAUUUUACUUCCAGGGAGAUUCAGAAUCCUCAUAAAAUAUGUCAGUUUCGAUCCUUCAUGGCUCUUGCAGUUGAAACAUUUUAAAGGGUUGCAUGUUUAAUGCCUGCCCCGAAUGCUUCCAGUGUGUUGUUCACUUUAUUUCGUUGGUGUCCAGGACAUUCCUCUGGUGUUGUGUUUUUCUGCUGGUUACAGACGUGAGUGUGUACUUGCUAUGUAAAAUGUACAUGAGGUACACUUUCCAACAGUCUGCAAAAUAAAUUUUCAUUGUUG